UCGCCGGCGUGCGUCGACAUACCUUCAUUGUCUCCGCCAACGUUGUUCAUCACGUUUGCUGUUUUAUCCCUCCGAAGCCUGCUUCCGUCGUCGUUCCAUGAGCCCAGUCAUACACCAGCCGCCGCCAUGAGCAAAUACGGAACCCUGGUCAUGGGCCCCGCCGGCGCGGGUAAAUCCACCUUUUGCUCCUCGCUGAUCCAGCAUCUGCAAAACAACAAGCGACCAUGCUACUAUGUCAACCUCGACCCAGCCGCCGAAGAGUUCGACUUCGAGCCGGACCUCGACAUCAAGGACCUCGUCAGUCUCUCCGACGUCAUGGAUGAGAUGAGCCUUGGUCCCAACGGCGGUCUUAUCUACUGCUUCGAGUUCCUCAUGGACAACCUCGAUUUCCUGACCGAACCGCUCGAGGAGGUGACGGACGAGUACCUUAUCAUCAUCGAUAUGCCCGGCCAGAUUGAACUAUACACACACGUACCGAUCCUGCCGGACCUUGUGCGUACGCUGAUGCGUGGCUCUCUCAAUAUAAAUCUGUGUGCAGCAUACUUGCUCGAGGCCACGUUCAUCGUGGAUCGACCAAAGUUCUUCUCCGGCACGCUGUCGGCCAUGUCCGCUAUGCUCAUGCUGGAGAUGCCACACAUUAACAUCCUGAGCAAGAUGGAUCUGGUAAAGGGCCAGGUCAAACACCGCGAGCUCAAGCGCUUCAUCGAUCCUGAUCCGAACCUGCUCGAUGAUGACCCCACGCGGAAGACGAAGGGCGAGGAUAAGGAUGAGCUGAAGGAGUACGAGGACCCGGGCUUGACCAGCAGCGUCAUGAGCGGAUCGUCUUUUGACCGUCUGAACAAGGCGGUCGCGCAGCUCAUCGACGACUUUAGCAUGGUCUCUUUCCUCAGGCUUGAUGUCAAGGACGAGGAUAGUCUUGCAGCCGUACUGAGCUAUAUUGAUGACGCGAUACAGUAUCAUGAAGCGCAGGAGCCAAAGGAGCCCAAGGACGAGGCGAUGGAAGAGUCUAUGGGACUUAGUGGUUGA